AGAAAAAAACUUCCACAUCGAUAGUUUCAAAAUAAAUUUAUUUCGCGAUAAGCAAAUCGAAUCAUCAAGUUCUUUGGCUUUAACGAUGAUGAGAACAAACGCUGGCAAAGAAACAAAAGGCUAUAAUCCUGCACCGGCAGAUUCCGGAGUUCCUAGAAAAUGUGUGAUCAUUCGCAAGAAGAAAGUCGGGGAAAAUAUGGAGAAGAUUGAGCUUCGCUAUGUGGCUUAUAGCCGCAUCGACAAGGGAUCUCGAAGCACUACAAUGGAGGCAAUCAACCAUGCAGCUGCUUACUUCCGAGAGCGUGCUGGAGAUCUGGACUAUCAAGACGAGCCAUCCAGCAAGAGUACCUGCCAGAAGACGUUCACUGUGGUGAAGAGCGAGGAAAAAGAAAAGAAGAAGUUGGAGCAAUGUCUCCCGAUUCUUCUCAAUAUUCGUGCCCGUUUCGCUGAAAACGAGAAGAACAAAUCGUACAGCAUCCACAAAAGAAACCAAAAUGGUGCACUCAAAGCUCUCUGCGAUGAGAUUGUCGAAGAAUCAACUUAUGUAUUGAACAAUGGACAUCCAGUUUCUUCGGAUUUGAUUAAAAAGAUUGCCAAUAUCAAUACUCUUUCGAGACAAGUUAUUGCUAACGAGACCAAAAUGGAAAAUCUUGUUCAGGAUGAGUUUGAACUUGCUGCAUCAAAGUCAAAGACCAGUGACAAGGUAUCCAAGUGAGAAAUCUGACGAAGAAGAAGAAUUCAAAAGCUCCCAUUAUGAAUUAUUUAGUUGUUCUCGAAUAAAGCCGUGAACUCUC